GAUGUCAGAAAAAACUUGUCAAAGCGACAUAAAUAUUUUUAAUUCUCGAUAUUCUUCAGUCUAUAUCACUUCAAAAUCAUGGAAUGUUACAACACAAAUUCAGAAUGUACAUUGUCUGAAGUUUUUAGAUGUUUUAUUUGUAUGGAAAAGUUAAGAGAUGCUCAUCUAUGUCCACACUGUUCUAAGCUUUGCUGUUAUGUCUGCAUAAGGAGAUGGCUCACCGAACAGAGAUCCCAAUGCCCUCAUUGCAGGGCAUCCCUCCACCUCCACGAACUCGUCAACUGCCGGUGGGUGGAAGAGGUCACUCAGCAGCUCGACUCCUUACAAUCCGUCACGGUGAUGACUAGCGGCAAGACGGGGAGCGGCGAGGCAGACAUGGGCGACCAGUGCCCGCUGCACCGCGAAAAGUUGUCGGUGUACUGCUGGACGUGCCGCGGCUGCAUCUGCCACCGGUGCGCCCUCUGGGGUGGCACUCAUUCCGGGCACGCUUUCAAGCCGCUCGACGACGUGUAUGAUCAGCACGUGACCAGGAUCAAGGACGAGGUGGCGCAGCUGAGAAGAAGAUUAUUGGAACUAGUAAGCAUCGUACAAGAAGUUGAGAGGAAUGUGGAGUCUGUCAGAUCAGCAAAGGAUGAACGGGUCAGAGAAAUCAGAAAUGCGGUGGAACUGAUGAUAACGAGAUUGGACUCGCAACUAAAAACCAAACUCCUGACAUUAAUGGGACAGAAAGACUCUUUAACACAGGAAACAGAGCAGCUAGAACAUUUACUUCACGAAGUAGAACAUCAGUUGCACACGUCUACAAGAUCCGAGCUAAUUUCGAAGAGCAAUGAAUUAUCUAGAAUGAUCAAUACUAUGAGAAAGAAACCUAUGACAAGUUUCGUCACAGCACCUGUUCCUGCAGAUUUUCACAGCGAGAUAGUUCCCUCGUACGACACGGCCACCUUCGUGAUGGCCGCCUUCUCCCGCCUGCAGAGCAAGUCCGACCCCGUCUACUCCGAUCCGCUGCCCUGCAACGGCCUCUGCUGGCGCCUCAAAGUAUAUCCCGAGGGAAACGGGGCGGUGCGCGGCAACUACCUCUCCGUCUUUCUCGAGCUCACCGCCGGCUAUCCGGAGACGUCGAAAUACGAGUACCGAGUUGAAAUGAUUCAUCAGUCGAGCAGAGACCCAUCGAAGAAUAUCGUUAGAGAAUUUGCUAGCGACUUUGAAGUGGGAGAAUGUUGGGGGUACAAUAGAUUCUUCAGACUGGAUUUGUUGGCUAGUGAAGGAUACCUGAACAUAGAAACAGAUUCCCUGGUGUUAAGGUUUCAAGUUCGGUCUCCAACAUAUUACCAAAGAUGUCGUGAUCAGCAAUGGUACAUUAACCAACUACAAGCAGCUCAACAUCAAUACCUAUCUCAAAUAAACGAAUCCAAAGAACGAUUGGCAACGGAAAUGUUGAAGAGUACAAGUACAAAUACUAAUAAUAUAAAUGAUAGUACAAGUUCCUUAUGUUUGAAUGACUCGCCUUGCUCCGCUGGUGUAAUGGAACCUAUUCCGUCCACUUCAAAAGCAGUCGAACCUAUACAGUCGAUGUCGGCAAGUUUUCCAAAAUUUAUAGAACAUGUAACCGUUGCCACCAAUGAGUUUCCUGAUAUGGCGAAAAAUUGCGACAUUUCAGAAAAUCAGUUUCCAUGUACUUCGAAAGUUCCCUCUGGUAAUAACUCCAUUUGCAGUUCAACUUCAGAUUCCUCGAUACAAACUCAGGUGAGCGGUCAAAAAUCCCAUGGAAACUCCUCCUGUCAUAGCACCACUGAAGAUACCCAGCACCACCAUCUCUUAGGAGUCGGAGUCUCCAUCAGCUCCCCCAAUCUCCUCAACUCCGUUGUUUCGUUGAUGCUCGUCACCAGCAGUAGCGAAAGCGACCUGAGCGAACCCGAACACCUGGUCGAAGAGUACGAAGCUAGGACGAACGACAUCGAAAUGGGCCGAGAAGAAACUGAAAUGAACCGAGAAGAAAACUCGAAUGACGAGAACGAGGGCGAAGCGUCGGGACGAAUGUCCGGCGGAGAUUGCGGGAAUGUAUCGUGCGAUUCGUACGAGUGUCAGAAUCCUGAAUCGGGAAACACAGUUGCGGAGAAAGAUGGUGACAAUGCUCCGAUACUCGAUACACCAAAUUCAGCAUAGACAGUGAGAAGAAAGUGCAGUUUACACG